CCUCCCCCCGCCCUGCGCGCUAUGGUUCGGGCCGCCUAUAAAAGGCUCCGCGGCCCUGGGCGCACUCGGCGCAGAGAACGUGAGUCCUUGUGUCUGGCUGUCCGUGCGUCCGGCUCUUGCCCUCGCAGCUUUCAGCCAUGGCCUCCGGCAACGCGCACAUCGGAAAGCCCGCCCCGGACUUCAAGGCCACCGCGGUGGUGGACGGAGCCUUCAAGGAGGUGAAACUCUCCGACUACCGAGGGAAGUACGUGGUGCUCUUUUUCUACCCCCUGGACUUCACGUUCGUGUGCCCCACGGAGAUCAUCGCCUUCAGCGAGCACGCGGAGGACUUCCGCAAGCACGGCUGUGAGGUGCUGGGGGUCUCCGUGGACUCGCAGUUCACCCACCUGGCGUGGAUCAACACCCCCCGGAAAGAAGGAGGCUUGGGUCCUCUCAACAUCCCCCUGCUGGCCGAUGUGACCCGAAGCUUGUCCCACGAUUAUGGCGUGCUAAAAGCAGAUGAGGGCAUUGCCUACAGGGGCCUCUUCAUCAUCGACGGCAAGGGGAUCCUGCGCCAGAUCACUGUCAAUGACUUGCCUGUGGGGCGCUCCGUGGACGAGGCUUUGCGGCUGGUCCAGGCCUUCCAGUACACGGAUGAGCACGGGGAAGUGUGUCCCGCUGGCUGGGAGCCCGGCAGCGACACGAUCAAGCCCAACGUGGAUGACAGCAAGGAGUACUUCUCCAAACACAACUAGGCCGGCAUACGGAGAGAGUGCUGAGGCUUGGGUCCCCCAGCUGGCCUAGGAAGGGCUGCACCUGCCCCUCCUCCAACCUCCCUGGUCCCUGGAGGGCCAGGCCAAGGCCUUCUCCUGCUCCCACCUGGGAGCUAAUGAAUAGCAAAACCCUCCCCAGAGCCCACCCAGCUGGGCACAGACCUAGACGUGACCAAUAAAGUAUUAGGGACAGACGA